GUUUGGAAAGACAUUCAGGUAAGCUAUUAUUUGUUAGAAUUUUGAUUUGUUUUUCUAUUACUCCAAAUGUUGACUCUAACCGUGUUUGUUUUCCUUCAAAAUAGACGGGGUUCAUUGUGCCGGACACCUUCAAACAUGAUUGUCUCAUCCUAGCUGGGAAGUUAAUGAAAGACUUCAAGAAUAGGAUGACAAAAGACAUCAUAAUGCCCGCGUUGAAAGAGAAUGAUAUGGGACGCGGCACAAGUCCCUGAAAAGCACCCGGAGAUCGACGCUGCUGAUUGGUGCAAAUUUGUUGAAAGUCGACUAACUCCUGAAUUUCUGGAAUUGAGUAAGGUGCAACGUGAACGUUCCUCAAAAAUUCAAUCCAGACAUCGAAGUGGUCGGAGUGGAAUGGUGAACGUACGGGAAGCUGUGAAAAAGGACCUCGAAGUUGCAGAUCCUCCCCGCCACCGUGUUUGGAUUAAAUCUCGCACCAAGAGUAGAAAACUUGUCACUGAUUACGACAAGGAAAUUGCCGAGAAGAUAGUAAGUAUAUAUUAAUCAUUAAUUGAGUUCUACUCAUGAGUUAGUGUAUAUAAUUCAUAUACUAAUUGCUUGAAUAUAUGCGUGCAUUAGGCUCAAUUAGAGGAGAAGCUUAGUCAGGGAAAAAUUCAGGUCCAGGGCCAAAACGAUAUCCUCACGCAGGCGCUCGGGACACCAGAGCAUCCUGGACGUGUCAGGGCUGCUGGGUAUGCUAUUACUUCAAAUGUUAUUUAUUUAGUUACACAAAUGAAAUCGUUGCUAAUUUGCAUUUUAUGAUUUGUAGGUUCCUGACCAGGGCAUCUCAACUGUUCGGCAGGAAGAAAAGGGAAGUGUCUGAUGUUGUGGCUCGGCAAGCGAAGGAGAUUGAAAAAUUAAAAGCCGAAG